AUGACGAAGAUUUUAGACGGCAGCGUGUUCCACCUCGAACGGCGUCGGGGCGUCCUCGUGGGCACGGAUGUCCACGGGAACGCGUAUUACGAAGACGUCGAGGCCCAGCAAGGGCGGUCGCGAUGGGUGGCGUACGCGAACCCGAACGAUUACUCCCCGGCGAACGUGCCCAGGGAGUGGCACGGGUGGUUGCACUACGUGAACGACGAGCCGGGGUUGCCGAACGCGAUGGAGCCGAUGUACGAAGACCCCGUCCCGACGUUCAUUCGGGGACAAAGCGACGCGGGGACGUACCUGCCAAAGGGACACUUCCACCGCGACGGCGGGCCAUCGCGGGAUUGGAAAAAGUACCAAUCGUGGACCCCGAAUUGA